UUCAGCAAUUUGGAGGGAAAUCUGUGGUCGUAGAUCAAUUUAUUGUGUGUUUUUACAAAUUUUGUGUAAAUUAUCAGUUAUUUGUGCAAAAUGGAGCCUUUGUUUCAGUUACAUAUUAAGGAUAUCGAUAUUUUGCUUAUAAAUACAAAGGAGAGAUUGAUGUUAGGCGAUGAAUAUUCACAGAUCAAAUGCAUCGAUCGAAUAUCCAACUUAUUCAAAAAUGGUGACGUGAACAAAGAGACAGUUCUUUCAAAGUUAAUCAAGUUCGACAUACUUUCGAUUAUAUUUGAAAUUUUACAAACCUCCAGUGAUCGUUUACUUCCAUGUAUUCUCGAUUUUUUGGAUUUGGUAUUAAUAUAUCGAAAGUUUUAUGAAAGUCACGUAGCUACAGACGCCUUGGAUGCCAUUUUGAAAAUUACAGUUUGCAUUCUAAAAUCUCGUUGUAAAGAAACUCGAAUAUUAGAGAAGCUUAUUUCAACUAUUUACGAUAUACUUUAUAGAGCAGUAGAGUUCAAUAUGGAUUUCAAUGUAGUUUGCGUACCGAGACAAGUAUUGAUUCUCCUAAAAUCAUUGAUAUUGGAAAAUCUUUGGGAUCAAAAGAUAAAAUUUUCUUCCAUCGUAUUAUUGAAUCUCGUUCUUGAAAACGUUGACGCUGAAGACGAAUGGGAUGACGGUGUAUACGAACUGUGUCACAAAGCUCUCAAUUUAAUGAAAGAGAUCGUCGAAUAUAGCGACGACGAUGUCUCGGUCUCAUAUGCUGCGGAUGCAUUGUGUGCUAUUUGCACCUCUGCUACACGAUUAUGCAUCACGGAAGAUGACAAUCGAGAAUUUUUCGACAAAGUCUCGAAGUUCAAAUCCAGCCUGACAAAGACGAUCCGCAUGGUGACGAUGAACACUUUAAUACCUUACGUUAAAAAUACAGAAUCAAACGAAACGGACAGGGUCAAAUUCCAUAGGAAUCUUGUGACUUGUCUGAACAACCUUUACAAGCUGAGCAGUCGCUGCGGUCGCGACAACUUGUCAAACCACUUGACCGCCAACGGAUAUCUGAAGUACUUCUUGCUGUUAACCACCAGACUUCCAGAAAUCUUACGACGUAGCACUUGCAUGCUAUUAUCACGGAUUAUAAUCACCUUAGCCGAUAAAUCUAUGCCAAUUAUUCAAUCCACAAGUCGAGAAAUAAGCUUUGAAAAUUUGGUGCAUCAAGGAUUAUUGGACCUUCCAAAAAAUCCUGAACAAUGGAUGAACAUCAUAGCUCAUCAUGACGGGAAUAGCGCGACUGCCUUGAUGACUCUAAUUUAUUAUCACUUUCAUGGAACCAGAGAAACCGAUAUGAUAUGCUUGAAAUCGCUGAUAGGAAGGAUCGUUAAUCUUCCUAAAUCCGAGCAGAUACCGGCUCAAAUUUUGAAAAUUUUAUGGUUUCUGUUCGCUGUUGCAUCCGUAUCGCAUCCAUCGCCGAGGUUGGAACAGGAUUACGGCAAAGCCGUGAAACGAUUGGCAGCUGCGUUACAAUAUUCCAAGUUGAACGAUUGUUACACUCAUCACAUAGAUUUGAUGCAUUAUUGUCUGAAUUGCCACGAAUUCCCCAAGGAUCUGCGAAACCGAGCGAUGGAUCUGUGGUUGGUCGAAUCUGACGGUGACAUCAAGCCAUUGUUGACCCUGGAUUGUGCAAAAGUUGUACAACAUUAUUUAUUGCUUGUCAUACAAACGGGAUACUCGGAUAAGAUAAUCAAUCUUGCGAUGAAGGGGAUUAGAGAGAUGAUACGUGUGGAUAAUUGCAAGGAAAUUGCGGAGAUUACCUGGCAUAUGUUGCCUAAUCUUCUUUCAUCUUAUCAACCAUCGAAAGACGAGCAAAUAAAAGCGGUAUUGGAGCUGACCAAUGUGUCCAUUCCGGAUUCCUUAUCACCGAGCAUCAGAAACCGGUGCGCUGACAAUCUUAUAUCCAUCUUCCUACAUCAAGAAGGGGACUUGAAGCUGAGGACACUAGUAAUAAUGCAGUCGUACGCGUUGCUGGUCACGUCCAUGACGGUUAAACCGUUCACGAUUCUAGACAAGUAUUGCGUGGCAUCGAGAUUCUUGGAAGAGUUGCUCGCGCAAGGUUUCUCGAUCGAAACGCCUGAAUUAUCCGCUGUCUGCUUGAAACUGCUCGCGUAUAUCGUACACUGUCAAGAAAAAUCGUCGAUCCAGCGUGGUAAGCCGGUGACGAUUGACGUGCAGAGCUUAGCCGAUUUGCUGUUAAAUACGAGGAGCUACGUCCACUCGUCGAUCAAUGGAAUGCAACUCACGCUGGAACUUUUAACUCAAAAUAUUGACGGAUCACCUGUCAGACUGAACGAGAUCCCUGACGAUCGAGCGGAGGGUUUGAUCAAUCUCUACGAGAUCCUUCAUAUCGUUCAUGAAAGAUGCGAGCCAACGCAAAGAGAUAUCGUGUACCAAUGUCUUCAAGGUGUCUUGAAAUUCUGCCACGUGAACGUCGAGUCUCUGAUGUAUCAUAUGUGCACAUUGAUGAGCAACUACGAUAUCGUAUCUUCUAUCUUGGAGACGUGCCACGUAAGCUAUCACUUUCUCGAGUUCGUUUCAACCUGGCUCCGCUAUCGAAAAAGAUAUUGCAACGACGAAGGACCGUGGAACGCGAGAUCACUUUGCAAGACUCCGUUCGAGGAAACUUUGGAUCAGAUCAAGAGCUACGUUGAUAUGGUAAAGAAUUUGAGAACCGAUGCUGCGUUUUACAAUCUUCUCUACGCGGUUCCCUGCCAAUGCGUGAAUUUAAUACAGUUGCCAGACGAGGCCGGUGCGGCAAAAAGCGCCACCCCCCAAAACACAAGGCAUCGACCAUAACCUGUACACAAGAUGGAAACGCGGCCCUCGCGAGGAUUCUCGCCAAACUGGUUUGGACGACUUACAUUCUUGGUAGUCUCCUUGUACGGAUAUUCAGGGAAGGUGAAGGUCUUGGCGAGGGUGCCUGGCCCUUCCUUCAGCUGUCCGACGACGAGGAUCAGACCGAUCGCAAACGCCAUCCCCGGCGCCAUGUUGAGCAGCCGGCUACGAUCAAUAUGAUGGGGUGGCGCUCGCUUACGCUCUCCACCAAACCUGAUAUAUUCCCGAAAUAACGAGCACCGAGCAAUACCCGGAUCUUUCUCCGACUCGAAUCGAAGGGAACUGUGGAGCGAAGAUGGAUCACGGAAGCGGGCUUCCUCCGAUUCGAGGAAAUGCACGCGCGGAUUCAUCGAUAAAUCCAUGGAGGCCGGCGUCGCGGCUCGGCUAUUUUGCAUAAAAUGUAACGGAGUGUGUAUGCACCGAGGCGCGAUCGCAUUUAUCGUUGCGACGCAUGCGAGCGGACCAGACGACGGUUUUUGUUCGGCUAGGCGUUGCGCAUCACCAGCUCUCUCUCCACGUGCACCACGGCCACCCUCCUGUCGACCAUUAAAUCGAGAUUUCGCCGGUGAUUAGCGGCAGUUUGCCUCGCCUCGCUGCGCCCGCCAGUCGAUAGAUUUUCCCAAUAAUUUUCCGUCAGUUCGAGGAAUUUCGCCGUACCGAGAAGCCAUCGCCUAUAUUACGUUCUCUUCUUCCUGGAUUUUCGGCAGAAUGGAAUUUGAAGUGGUUUCGUUAUUUUGUUUUACUUUAUUUUAUUUUUUCUUUUAGCUUUUUGUAACAUUCGAAUUUUUUGUUGAGAUUGAUAGGAUUUUUUGAGGAAAUUGAUAUUGAUUUAAUGAGAAAUUGAUAGUUGAUUUGUUGGAAAAUAGAUCGAGCAGUUUUAUUGUAAUUAAUGAUAAAAUUCUUCGAUUUUUUUUUUUUAAUUUUUCGUAAUAGAGUUUUCAAUUUCGAUACUUUAAAUUUUUUUGUUUUUAGAAAAAUUGAAGGGCUAUCGACUUAGUGAUCCAUUUAAAAGUUUCCAAUUUUCUUUUAGUUUUAAUAAUACAAUUUUUUUUUAUUUUUAUUUUUGAUAUUGACUGAUUUAUAGAAUUAAUAUUAAAGCCGGAGAAAAUCUUUAACACUAAUAAAUUUCUAGUUAAUUAUUAAUUAGUUUUAAUAAACUUUGAAGAAGAUAGAUCUUAAAAUUGAUAGAAUUCAAUGUUUUUCUUUAUCAGCAAUCUAGAAUAUAGAAACAGUUUUCAAUGUUGGAGAUGAAAGAUAUUUUUCUUCACUAUCUCGGGAUAUUACUCUCCCUUAUAAAUCUUUUUACUAUCUCUGAAUAUUGAUACGUGCAAAAUUGAAACAGAAAAAUAAGAUCGUCGAUAUCUGUUUACAUAAAUGUGCACAUUGCUAUAUUUCUACGAUAAGAAAUAAAAAUAGUUUUGAUCGAUAUUUCACAAUUCUCUUCAAUGGUCAUAAAUCUAAUGGUAAUAAAUAUCUAAAUGUUAAUUUUUUUUUAAAGAAGAAUCAGUUAUCUUAGUGAAUCUGUUGAACGGAAAGAUUCUUCUCUCGAACGGUUAUUCUCAACGAGAAUACUGUCCUUAGAAUAAUUCUUUGUAAACAACCUAUUACACAAUCUGUUAAAUUAAUUACUUGUCGACACUCAUUAGUCACGAGUUCUUUCAAGAGAAGGAAUAGAACGCGUAACAAGUGGUACUAUUUCGAUUUUUAAAAUCAAUUAACGAAAGUGCAGUUAAUUCUUAUGUUAAUAUCCAAGUAUCUCUUCACUUAGCGCAAAAUUAAAAAUUAAUCAAUCCCUUCAAAAUAUUUUCAAAUCCGAAUUCUCCAACGACUUACAUUAAAUUCCGAGCUGAAAAAAUCCAUUACCAAAAAAUUAGCGAAAUCAGAAAUCUGAAAUUGAAUGUUUAAAACCUUGGUCACCGAGGCAAGAAUUAAACACGAAUCACCAAUCGUCCUGGAAAAUGAAAUUUCCCCACCGGCCAUGGUCAAUCUAAAAAUCUAUUGUAAAAACAAGAUGAUUAAUGGAAGGGGCGAAUUUCAAGCCGCGGUUUCGAUUCGAAUUAAAAUUUUCAUCCGUGUUCGUACACACAGCCAGACGUCCCGGCUAAUUAAACGGUGGUGAUCCUGGAUCAGGCGAAUCGCGCGUGUUUCCGUUUGUGAAAAUCGCAAACGAGAACUUUUUCCAUACGUGGUUAGCCGAGAAGGGGAAGGGAAAGAGAGAGAGAGAAAGAGUGAGAGAGAAAAGGGAUCGUUUGGAUUGCGGAGGAUUGAAAAAAAAAUCCAAAAUCUCGCCGGUUUUUUAAUUACAUGCCUCCUCCCUCGUUUCAAACGCACGAACCGAUGCAUGAUGUACGAUGUAUGUAUAUAUGUAUGCACGCACGCAAUGUUUCCGAUUAAAUCGCGGCUGUGUCCACGAAAUUCCGUUGAUCUAUCGGCAACCAAGUCGAAUGCCAACUUCAAUAAGAAUUUUUAUUUAAGAAUUGUAAGCAUAGGAUAUAUUUUCUUAUGGAAUUUUUUUGUCGCGGCUUGGCUUUUGCAGGAAAUUGAGCAAUUCAGGAGACGAUGAUUAUGUAUAACGUUAUAUGGAACGUAGCGUGUGAAAAUUUUUGUUUAGAUCUAAAUUGUAAUCGUGGGAUACGUUUCAUUACGCGUGGAAUUUUUUUAUUGUUGGGUUAGAUAUUGUACAGAGAAUUGAAUAAUAGGCUGUUGCAAUUUGUUGUGAGAAAUGUGAAGUAUCAAAAAUUGAGAAAAAUUGAUGCUCGAAUGAUCUCUUUUUUUAUUAUUAAAUAAACUCAGCCAAAUACAUGUUAAUUUUUCCACUUCGAGUGUACAAUAAAAAAAGAAGUUGAUACAUA